CUCUUUCCUCUAGACGAUCAUGGAGCAGUUCAAUCCCAGCCUCAGGAAUUUCAUUUCUAUGGGGAAGACCUAUGAAAAAGCCUUAGCAAGUAUGACAUACGCAGCAAAAGGAUACUUUGAUGCUCUGGUUAAGAUGGGAGAGUUGGCCAGCGAAAGCCAAGGAUCGAAAGAAUUGGGAGACGUGCUCUUCCAGAUGGCAGAAGUCCACAGGCAGAUCCAGAACCAGCUGGAGGAGAUGCUCAAGUCCUUCCACAACGAGCUCCUGACGCAGCUGGAGCAGAAGGUGGAGCUGGACUCCCGGUACCUGAGAGACGUGCUCUUCCAGAUGGCAGAAGUCCACAGGCAGAUCCAGAACCAGCUGGAGGAGAUGCUCAAGUCCUUCCACAACGAGCUCCUGACGCAGCUGGAGCAGAAGGUGGAGCUGGACUCCCGGUACCUGAGUGCUGCCCUGAAGAAAUACCAGACAGAGCAAAGGAGCAAAGGGGACUCGCUCGACAAGUGCCAGGCAGAGCUGAAGAAACUUCGGAAGAAGAGCCAAGGCAGCAAAAACCCCCAGAAGUACUCGGACAAGGAGCUGCAGGGAGACCCUCAGCUCUUCAUUAAUGGCAUUUUGGGUGAUGCCCCACUCUGGGUGUUGACCCUUCCAGCAGGGACUCAGCUUUGGAUGCUCAGAGUUUUCUCCUGCCCCAUCCAGGCUGCCCUGAAGAAAUACCAGACAGAGCAAAGGAGCAAAGGGGACUCGCUCGACAAGUGCCAGGCAGAGCUGAAGAAACUUCGGAAGAAGAGCCAAGGCAGCAAAAACCCCCAGAAGUACUCGGACAAGGAGCUGCAGUACAUCGAAGCCAUCAGCAACAAGCAAGGUGAGCUGGAAAACUACGUCUCUGACGGCUACAAGACGGCUCUUACGGAAGAGAGGAGACGGUUCUGCUUCCUGGUAGAGAAACAGUGCGCGGUAGCCAAGAGUGCCAUCACCUACCAUGCCAAGGGGAAGGAGAUGCUGACGCAGAAGCUGCCGCUGUGGCAGCAGUCCUGCUCGGAUCCCAACAAGAUCCCGGACCGCGCCAUCCAGCUGAUGCAGCAGAUGGCUGCCAGCAGCAACGGCACCAUCAUGCCCAGCCCUCUGUCUACAUCCAAAUCCAACCUCAUCAUCUCUGACCCCAUCCCUGGUGCCAAACCUCUCCCUGUCCCCCCGGAGCUGGCACCUUUUGUAGGACGUAUGUCGGCGCAGGAGGCCAUGCCGGUGAUGAACGGAGUCUCAGGCCCAGACAGCGACGGGUACAACCACUGGUCUGAGAUGAAGCCAGCACAGCCCAAAUCUUUAUCUCCUCCCCAGCCUCAGAAGCAGCUGAGCGACUCUUACUCCAAUACGCUCCCCGUUCGCAAAAACGUGCCACCGAAAAACAGCUACGCAUCAGCCGAAAACAAGACGCUGCCGCGCUCCAGCUCCAUGGCCGCAGGGCUCGAGAGGAACGGCAGGACGAGGGUGCAGGCCAUUUUCUCUCACGCUGCCGGAGAUAACAGCACCCUCCUGAGCUUCAAGGAGGGCGACCUCAUCACGCUGCUGGUGCCGGAGGCCAGGGACGGCUGGCACUACGGAGAGAGCGAGAAAACAAAAAUGAGGGGCUGGUUUCCUUUCUCCUACACGCGGGUCCUCGACAGCGAUGGCAGCGAGCGGGUCCAUGCGAGCCUGCAGCAAGGGAAGAGCAGCAGCACCGGCAACCUGCUGGACAAAGACGACAUCGCCCUCCCGCCGCCCGACUACGGCAUGGCCUCCCAGGGCUUCCCGGGCCAAGGGGUCAACACCUUCAAGCAGAGGCCGUACAGCGUGGCCGUGCCCGCCUUCUCCCAGGACUACCUAAUGCCCUAUGGCUGUGCCAUUAAAGACUAUGCCAGUGGCCUCUGCCAACCACCCUCCGCUCACUACAAGCCUUACACUAGGUCGACCGCUGGUCUCGAUGACUACGGGUCGAGGUCCGUCAGCAGAAACCCCUUUGCCAACGUCCAGCUGAAGCCAACGGUGACCAACGACCGCUCGGCCCCGCUCAUCAGCUGAUCCGGGACCCCCGGUGCCCGCUGUGCCGCGCGGCGCUCGCCGCUGCCUCCUCCUCGCCGCUGCAUGUCCAGCUUUUUCCAGGACUUCCAAUUUUUAGGCGGAGUUUAUUUAAUCCUGCUACUUUGAAAGCCAAAGGCUAAAGCUAGUGCCCUCGUUCUCUCCUCUCUACACCCAGCUUGUCCCCCCCGGCCCUCGGUGGCAGAGGAUGACACCGCUGCCCCACAGCCUGUCCCCUUUGCCUGCGCAGAACUAGGGGGAUGGCAGCCCCCUGCACCCUCCCAGCGUGUCCCGUAGCUGGGAUUGCUUCUAGGUCUUCGCAGCAGCUCGCCAGGGUUGGGAGAACAGUCUCGGCUGGAAAAUAGCUCUCCAGAGCCGUGCUUUGGGCUGGCACAGGGCGGAGGGCAAUGGCAGAGGGGAGACGCUCCCCCCGCUCCCCUCUGCCCGGUGAGGAGGGACCCCUGGGACAGACAGGGUAGUCCAGAUCCCCCACACGAGCCACGAUGGGGGUGUUGGGAGCCAUAAGGAGCUCCCAGGCUCCUGCGAGACCCCAGUCACCCACCCCGGGCUGGAGGCAGUGGGGUGAUGACAGUGGGGUGCAGCCCCCGCGGGGACGGGGACGGCGCCACUCCCAGAGCUCCUGCAGCGCCGGGUCGCUGUAUAUAGUAGGGUAUUAUGGUACUGCUGUAAAAUAUAAGCUAGAAAAACCACUUUUGGAGGCGAGGGCUCUGUUUAAGCGUGCCUUGGGGUGCCUGGGGCCGCGGGGUGCCCGGCGGUUGAAGGCUGGGGGGGAACUCCCCUCAGACAGGCUCUCCCAUCCAGACCUCUUGCUUGGCUGCUUGCUCUUCCUGUAUUACUAGGGCUGCAUGAGAGAGAGAGAUAGAGAUAGAGAUAAAUAUACUUACACACACAUAUAUAUAUAUACAUUUGCUAAGCUUAUUGCCGGUGUGUGUGCCCCCGAGUGAGCCAGUUCCCGCUGCUGCCAGUCGCUUCCCGGCUCCGGGAACAGGGAGAAGGGGUUUUUCCAGGCAGGAACUGCCUCUCCUGCGGGCGAGCGGCUGUGAGCUCUGGGAGGUUUUGCCUUUUCCUUUGUAUUUGUCAUUUUUUGCACAGUUUAAUCACUGGUGCACUGUGGCCCGGGCAGGGGAUGUUUUGCUGAGUACAGAGCCCUGGGCGCGUGGGUCGCUGCCGGUGGGUCUCAGUGCAGGCAGGACUCUUUCCAAAAGUCAGAUGCUCGUCGCUGCUGUGGCUCCUCUGACAGUUUUUGCAGGAAAAAAAAAACCUUUUCUGGCUUCUUCUGCCAUCGCCCGGGCUCUGGCUUGGGCAAGGGCUGGGAGUCUCUACUCGAUGUGCUCUUCUUCCUCUCCUGGGCUGGAGCAGACGGAUGGGGGGAUCCAGAGAGGA